UGUUUGGAUAUGAAUAACACUUCUUAGAAAUUAUCUACUAAAAAAACAAUAAUAAUCUCUGAUCAAACUAGUUUUUUCGUCUCUUUAGCUGCAGAGUUGUCAUGUUGUGUGCCAAACAUAUAUGUGUGUAUCAGGGAUGACACUUAUCAAUUGAUGUUCUAUGUGGAAAACAAGUACUAUCUUGUCUUCCACUAUUCUUCCUUAUAAUUAAUGUAGAUAAUAACGAGGUCUUUCUGCCGACUGAGCUGUAACAAAGUUUAUAGCCUUUCCCUGCACAUAUCAGAAGACUAAUUAAAUGGAGAUGUCAAUGGAGCAGAGCAAAGCCACUGAACAUGUUACAAGGAAAAAAGGUGGUUUAAGAACCAUGCCCUUUAUCAUAGCAAACGAGACCAUUGAAAAGGUUGCAAAUGUAGGGCUCCAUGUAAACAUGACUCUGUACCUGCUAAAUGAGUAUCAUUUAGACCCUUCAACUGCAGCUAUAGUAAUAUUCCUGUGGAACGCCCUGUCGAAUUUCAUCCCCCUCUUUGGUGCUUUUCUUUCUGAUUCUUUCCUUGGAAGAUUUCAUGUCAUAGCAUGGGGAACAGUCAUCGACCUUCUUGGAUUAGUUGUAUUGUGGUUAACUGCAAUCCUUAGGAAUGCAAGGCCUCCAGAUUGCCAUGGAGAACUUUGUGCAGGUCCAUCAGGAGGGCAGUUCCUGUUUCUUUUCUCGUCCCUUGCUCUCAUGGCUGUUGGAGCUGGUGGCAUUAGGCCAUGUUCCUUUGCCUUUGCUGCUGAUCAAAUCAACAACCCUGAAAACCCACAAAAUCAAAGGAUCAUGAAGAGCUUCUUCAAUUGGUACUAUGUUUCUGUUGGCCUUUCAGUGAUGAUUUCGGUGGUUUUCAUAGUGUACAUUCAAGUUAAAGCAGGAUGGAUCGUGGGUUUUGGUAUUCCGGUUGGGCUUAUGUUGCUUUCUUCUGUCAUGUUUUUUCUGGGUUCUUUUAUGUAUGUGAAAAUGAAACCAAACAAGAGCUUGCUCACUGGCUUUGCACAAGUAAUUUCUGCAACCUGGAAAAACAGACACUUGGACUUGCCUCCAAAGAAUUCAGACAUGUGGUAUUUCCGUAGUGGUUCUAAUCUUGUCCAACCGACGGACAAAGCAAGGUUCUUGAACAAGGCUUGCAUAAUCAAGAACAGAGAGAAAGAUUUAGACACUUGUGGGAUGGCCAUUGAUCCAUGGUGUCUGUGCACAGUAAGAAAAGUAGAGGAGUUGAAAGCAGUAAUCAAGGUCCUUCCCAUUUGGUCCGCCGGCAUCAUACUUUCUAUGAGCAUAAGCCAACACAUAUUUCCUGUGGUCCAAGCUGGCACCAUGGACAGGGUUGUGCUCAACUUGGAGAUCCCAGCAACCAGCUUUGUUGCAUUUGGAAUCCUCACUUUAACCAUAUGGGUGGCUAUCUAUGAUAGAGUACUAGUUCCCUUUUUAUCAAAGUACGCGAAAGGAGGACUCACUAUUAAGCAAAGAAUGGGAAUUGGACUAGUACUGUCAUGUUUAGCCACUGCAGUAGCAGCAUUGGUGGAGAGAAAGAGAAGGAAUGAAGCAAUAAGAGAAGGGUUUAUGAACAAUCCGAAAGGAGUGGUGAACAUGUCUGCUAUGUGGCUUGUGCCACAGUAUUGCAUAACUGGUUUAGCUGAGGCUUUCAAUUAUAUUGGACAAAUAGAGUUCUAUUACUCUCAGUUUCCUAAAAGCAUGGCUAGCAUUGCUAUUGCACUUUUUUCCCUUGGCAUGGGGGUAGGGAACCUGUUGGGAAGUCUUAUAGUUAAGGUUGUUGAAGAUGGGACAAGGGGAAGAGGAAAAAUCAGUUGGCUAUCUUCAAAUCUCAACCAAGGGCACUAUGAUUACUAUUAUGCACUCCUUACCCUUCUAAGUUUUCUUAACUUGUUUUACUUCUUCCUAUGUAGUUGGGCUUAUGGGGAUACUCAAGAUAUAAAGACUUGGGAUGAAGAGGUUGACACAAAAUGAUCGGGAAGAAGAAAAAAAUUAAUUAAGGAGAGAUAUAUGAUUUGAUUGGAACAAAAAAGAGGAAAUGAGUGAGAAUGUAUCAAAGUGAUUGUAUUGCUAUUUUUUUCCUAGCUAAGUGGAUGCUCAUAAAAAGUGUACAAUUAUAAGUGUUUGGAUACUAAUUGUGUAUAAAUGUGAUGGAUAUUAUAAUUGUAAAGAAGUUUUUGUGAUAUUUCAAAGUUUGUGGCAUAAGUGUGAUUUCUAUCAUUGAUUUAUAAAUAAAAUUGUACUGAUAACAUAAUGAAAAGUUGUUGUAUUGUUCACAGUAAAUCGAAAAAUAUGGCUUCAUUGGUGAUAUAGGACUUGCAGCUGCAAUAAACAUCCUUACUGCAUUUACAUUCUUAAUAGCAUUCGCCAUACUUCGAAUUCAACCGAUAAACGGUAGAGUGUAUUUUCCAAAAUGGUAUCUGAAGGGUUUAAGGAGUAGUCCGUUGCAAGGAGGGGCAUUUGUGUCCAAGUUUGUUAAUAGACUUCAGGUCUUACAUAAGGUUCUUGAACUGGAUGCCUGCAGCAUUGCAAAUGCUGGAACCCAAACUAAUUGAACAUGCAGGCUUGGAUUUUGCAUGAAAUAUCUGUAAAGCUUUUCAUAUCUGCCUGCCUGAAAUAUCUGCAAACAACUUAUAUGCUUAUCUUUCAAUAACUCAUUAUUUAUUGCAAAUUUUGGACUCUUUUCUUGCUUCUGAAAGACGCCGU